AACAGUUUUUGGGAUAUUGGGCUUGGUGCCUAUAGAAUUUGUUCAAAGGUGGUGGUUUAUCAUCCUGUUGUUCCCUUGUUCAUUUUUUGCAUGCUCAGUUACUCUUUAUUUUGUCUCUGUUGGAGGCAACGUCGCUUGGUGCAGACUAAAUGGAGGUUUUAACCUAUUAGUUGUUCCCUGAAGGCCAAUUUGUAAUAUUCUGAAAUUUCUUUUAUUUCAGUUUUUGGUAACCUAAACUUUAAAUGUCAAAUGUCUGCCAGUUUCCUGCGGAUCCGUUUCACGUCGCUUGUUGCAUUCCAGCUAGUUAAAUUUGAAGAAAAACGGGUGUUGUAAAACUUUGGAAUGGAACUGUAACUUUCUCUUGGUUUAUCUGAUUUUUCCAGCUUGAACCCUGUGCCACAGUUCCGCCGCGAGACCUCCGGCGAACUGACUCUCAAGGCCUCCGCCGAGGCGGUCCAGGUCGCCAAGGCAAACCGCCUGAGCGGCUCUGUGCCGUUCAAGGUGAAGUCGGCCGAGACGGUCAGGGAGCAGGCCAGGAGAUGCGUGCGGGCCUCAGGUGGUGACCCCGGGGACUCCAAGCUGGUACACAGCGCCAGCGAGCUCCAGUUUGGACAGUACCGGGGCCAGACCUUUAAAUGGUUGCUGACCCAUGACCUCGUCUAUGCCGUCAUCGUGUUGGCAACCCACCUGAGGGAGCGUGAAGAUGGCCAGGUGUCGGAUAGCCCGCUGGCAAGCAAUAAAAACACCCUGAAGUCCUACGCCUGGCUCUUUCUCCCGUGAAGACGGCCAUCCGCCGUCGACGGGGGAGAGAUGGGUCAGUCAGGGUUCCGGACAAGGGCAAGAGGCUCGUCAGCUUUGGCCAACACGGACACCUGACAUUUGAGGCCCUUUACGAUACAGAAGAUUGGGAGGCCAAGAGGUGAGAAAAAGACUUUUGGGUGGGGUCUGAGGGGAAGGGCCCAGUAAGGCAGUGGGACCCUGCUUCCAUUUGUUCAAGUGUUACCGUUUCCGCUGUUGUACCCCAAUGCAGUUACAUUAAGUGGCUCCGGCGCCAGACCACCAAAGUCGGGACGAAGAUGCAUGCACUCCAGCUGUAUGUGUGGCGGAGAGACGAGGCGUAGGCAGCAGCAACCUCCUCCCUUCCCAAAACCACCACCGUUGCCCCGAGCGCCUCUCUCUCUGCAGCAGCCUCCGUCGUCGAGAUUCCCGAUGACGUGCUGCUGUCAGCCAGCAUGGAGCUGGAGGCUGGUAAGUGACAACCACCCAUGGAGCUGGUGGUGGCUCCUUCACUUUUUCUGUUUAACCUGUUAUUUGUUUGAAUUUGUAAACAAUCUUCCCCAGCAUCUACCUCCCAGUCUGCAACCAGUAGAGGGCCAGUGCCAUCCCAGCACUCCCAACCGAUGGCUGAUACGGGAAUGCAGCCUUUACAAACACUAUCCAUAGCCAGGAGAGAGAUACUUUUGCCCGAGGGCUGAAGGACUUCAUUACCCAAGGAACAGCAUGUGUGGGUAAGCCGGGCCGUUUUCACCAGGGGCAAGGAAGGAAAGCCUGUGCUGACCUCCAACCUUCACCUUUGGUGGCAUCCUCCCGGCCCUCGCAAUGUGCACCUUCAGCCCCCGAAAUCGCCCGACACCUUUUUUCAGCGCCCGUUCUUUCUGUGGAUGCCGUACUGCAUGUGGGGCUACAAGCUGUCCUGCACAGCGUGCAGCCACAGGUUGUCGGGAUCCGGACUCUACAGGACCAUCCGGAGGGUCCUGGACACAGACGGAUGGUACUUUAUGACCACGGAGUACCUAGAGUGCCGACACUGCAGGAAGAAGGUGGCGGGCUGGUCGCAGGAUAUCCUGGAUCAACUGCACCACACGCGCCAGGAUGACUUUCCAGCUAUCCUGACUUACAGGUUAUCCUGCAACAUAAAGCUCAUCGGGCAGAUGCGUGAGCGCACGCUGGGCAACAGGGCCACCCGGCUGCGCAGAUAUCUGCUCGAGGAGCACACCAGGUCCUGGCUGACGCGGUCCAUAACGUUCAUGUACGCGGUCACCAAGUUCAUCACACCGGGUGCCGAGCCACCUGCGACUUCACCUCUACUACCGCGGAUGACCCCGGUGCCCGGUACAAAGUGGUUGCUGUCCAUCUAUGCCAGGGAGGUGGCUUCAAGGAUAGAAGAGACCAAGGCCCGGAUCACCUCAAUCUUGAAGAUGGACUCAACCAAGAAGACCGCGACAAGAUCCAGGAAAUCUGAAAGACUCAGAGACGCCACCUCCACUGCAUCCAGGACCCACCUGGCGUGCACCUAUACAUGCAAACCGGGCAGCAGGUCAAAGGGGGGAUCACGCUGCCGGUGUUCAGGUGUGCGCGAGGUUCAACUUCGUUGGAGUCGUUCCACCUGUAUCUGGACCGCUUCAUACCUGGCACUUCAGCCAAUUGCGGCCCACUUUCAGGCCUACCUGCUGGAAGGCCUGGCGAGGUGGAACGAGGACCGUGCGGCACAAGCAGUGAAGGGAGCAGACCGUGAUGUGGUCUGCUACAGUGGCCAACUCCAGCACUCCGCUAACGAGCUGAGCGACAUUGUUUAUCACAGGAAGCUCGUUGACGAUUACACCCAGCCUGCGAAGUACACUGGUGAGCUCAUUGGUAUCCAGUACCUGUUUUCGCAGACCGGUCGAGUGCUGGAGGAAGUGAUGGGCAGGGAUCCCGAUGCUCCGAAUGGGACUGACACGGACGACAACGAUGACAGUGUCGACGAGGGCUUCCAAGAGGUCGAGGGUCCAGUAGAGGAACCUCUGGACAACACCAUCUUCGCCCUUGAGGAGGACUUCACCCGACAACCAUUGUCGUCUGACAAGUCCUAGUCGCGCCCUGCCA